AAAAAGCCCGGGCUAGGGCCAAGGAGCAGGGUGAGGGAGGGGGUGGGAGGGGUGGGGGGUAACGGGGGAAACUGGGGAAGUGGGGAACCGUGGGGCAACCAGGGGAAGAUGGGGUGCUGGAGGAGAGUUUGUGGGAGCCAAGGAGCACCUUGGACAUCUGGAGUCUGGCAGGCGUGACGACGGGUGGAGGGGCUAGCUCGGGGCAGGGCUGUGGGGUCUGGGGCCAGAGAGGAGUGUGGAGUAGGCGCCCAGGCAUCGUGCAGACGGAGCAACAUCAGCUGGGGGCGAUGGGCCCGAGCUAGGGCUGGAGAGAAGGGGGAGCCAGACAUUCAUCCCGGUCACUUUUGGUUACAGGACGUGGCAGCUGGUUGGACGAGGGGAGCUGAUGGGCAGGGUUUGAUCCCAGGGCCUGGGCAACGGAGGUGUAGCUGGCAGCAGCGGGCAGGUGAGAACCCCAUCUGCCGGGCAGGUGAGUCCCUUCCCUCCCCAGGCCUCGCUUCCCCAGCCUUCUGAAAGAAGGAGGUUUAGGGGAUCGAGGGCUGGCGGGGAGAAGCAGACACCCUCCCGGCAGAGGGGCAGGAUGGGGGCAGGAAAGUUAGAAAAGGUGACAUCUUCUCGGGGGGAGCCGAGACUGCGCAAGGCUGGGGGGCUGCGGGCUCAUCCCAGGCAGAAAGGGCAAGAGGGCAGGGACGGAGCGCAGGGUGGCCAGCGUAGGGUCCAGCACGUGGGGUGGUACCCCAGGCCCGGGUCAGACAGGGACAAGGCAGGGGACACAAAACAGAGGGGUCCCCAGCUGCCACCUCACCCACCGUAAUUCAUUUAGUAGCAGGCACAGGGGCAGCUCUGGCAGGGCUUUCUCAGGCCUAUGCCGGAGCCUCGAGGGCUGGAGAGCGGGAAGACAGGCAGUGCUCGGGGAGUAGCAGCAGGACGUCACCAGGAGGGCGAAGCGGCCACGGGAGGGGCCCCGGGACAUUACGCAGCAAGGAGGCUGCAGGGGCUCGGCCUGCGGGCGCCGUUCCCACGAGGCACUGCGGCCCAGGGUCUGGUGCGGAGAGGGCCCACAGUGGACUUGGUGACACUGUAUGCCCUCACCGCUCAGCCCCUGGGGCUGGCUUGGCAGGCAGUACAGCAUCCAGGGGAGUCAAGGGCAUGGGGCGAGACCAGACUAGGCGAGGCGGGCGGGGCGGAGUGAAUGAGCUCUCAGGAGGGAGGCUGGCGCAGGCAGGGGUGAGGAGCACAGCAGGCGGCGAGCGGGAGGCACUGGCCUCCAGAGCCCGUGGCCAAGGCGGGCCUCACGGGCGACGACGGAGCCGGGAUCGGUGCCUCAGCGUUCGGGCUGGAGACGAGGCCAGGUCUCCAGUCGGGGUGGACGUGCCCACCAGCUGCCGAAGGCCGGGACGCCAGGUCCGGCGGACUUGCCGAGUGGGACAUGACAUGGUCCGGUGUGACGGCGAGGACAGAAGGGGCGCGUCCGGCCUUCCUGAACACCCUAGGCUGGUGGGGCUGCGGCAAAAAAAUGGUGCUACCCAGCUCAAGCCUGGGCCUUUGAAUCCGGACACAAAACCCUCUAGUUGGAAUCGAACACGCUGCACUUUACAACCACUGCACUACCUGACUCAGGAAUCGGCUCCGGAAGGUGAGCACCAGCGCUCCUUCCGGAAGCCUCCAGCUCCCCGAGCACCCUGCCCCCACCCAACCCACGUGUCGCUCUUUGCAGGUGAAGCUAGAGGAACAAGACCUCAUCAACCCAACACCAAAGACGCCAUUGGACCAGCAGCGCCCGCAGCACCCACCCCCCACCAGCGACUCCAUCUUCAUGGCCACCCCCUGCGGCGGACGGUUGACCACCAGCCACCGCGUCAUCCCAGAGCUGAGCUCCUCCAGCGGGAUGACCCCGUCCCCACCACCUCCCUCUUCUUCUUCUUCAUCCUUCUGUCUCUUUGUUUCUGAGCUUUCCUGUCUUUCCUUUCUCUGAGAGAUUCAAAGCCUCCCCGACUCUGUUUCCCCCGUCCCUUCUGAAUUUAAUUUGCACUAAGUCAUUUGCACUGGUUGGAGUUGUGGAGACGGCCUUGAGUCUCGGUGCGAGUGUGCGUGAGUGUGAGCCACCUUGGCAAGUGCCCGCCCAGGGCCCGGCCGCCCUUCAUCUGGGCUGGGUGACUGGGCGCCGGCUGUGUGCCCGAGGCCUCACUCUGCCCUCGCCUAGUCUGGAAGCUCCAACAUCACGGGGCAACCUUCAAGCAUUCCAUUACGCCCCAUCUCGCCCUGUGCCCCUCCCCACCAGGGCUUCAGCAGGAGCCCUGGACUCAUCAUCAAUAAACACUGUUACAGCAA